AUGAAAUUCGACUUACAAAGCACUAUUAUCUCAGCCUCCAACUCUCCGGAGAAGCGCGUUGUCUUCGUGAAGUGGAGUCCCGAUGGCGAAAGACUUGCCGUCGGCACUGCUGAUCAUAUAGUUCAAAUUGUUACAAUAUCUAGUAACGAGAUUAGCAAAAUCCCAAUUAAAGGUCGUGAAGAAGAUGCCAAGAAAAAUUUCACAGUUACUUCAUUUGAUUGGUCUCCUGAUUCAUCACGUUUUGCAAUAGGACAAUCAGAUUCAACAGUUGCUGUCUACGAUAUUGGUCCAGCUAAUGCUGUUGAUUAUCGCAAGAAAGUUGCAAUGAGAGUCGCUACAAAAGGAGCUCCUCUUUGCGUUGCUUGGCCAAAUUCUUCGUUAAAUGAAUUCGCUUACGGUUUAGCUGAUGGUUCUGUCUACCUUGCUCUCACAAAGCACAAGAAGGUCGAAGAAUUAUAUCGCCACGAUCUUCCACCGAUUUCUAUGGCUUCAUCCAAUAGACAAAAUGCAAUUAUCAUUGGACAUCUUGAUGGACAUGUUUUCAUGGUUAACGUUGAUAAUCACGCUCGCACACUUGUUACAAGGAUUACUGUUCCUCCUUUAGCUCUUUCAUGGGGUUCACAAGUCCUCGCUGCCGGUGCUGAUUUACAAGUUUAUUUCGCAGAUGCAAACGGCUCGAACGAGAACAAGGUCGACUUUUCCAACAAAGGCGAUCUCAGAUCAUUUACAGCUGCAACUUUCGAUCCAUCAGGCACAACAGCCAUGGUUGCAGGUAGAAACACUCUUAUCACAUUUAACUACUCCCAGCAUAUCCAGAACUGGCAACAAACAGCAAUUAUCGAAUUUGACGGAAUUUACCAAGUUCCAGACCUUUCAUGGUCUCCUGAUGGCUCAAGAAUUGCAGUUUCAUCUGUCACAGGCGCUGUUUUCAUCGUUUCUGCUUCUAUGGGUUCUUUCCGUUACAAGAAAUUAUUCGAAGUUAUCAACGUUACAGGAUCACAGAUCAAAGUUGUUGACUUACGUUCUAAGAAAGAAUUAAAUCUUCGCUCAGAUUACCGUAUUCUCUCUACAAACUUCCAACAAGAUCGUUAUGUCAUUGUUCGCACCACACAAUCCUUCCUUGUUGGCGAUACAAAGAGUCUUAAGACAUCAGAGAUGCCAGCCGCUCCUUGCGAUGGCGAGCCAACAAUCAACGAAAGGUUUGUCUUCAUUGAUGACAUAGCUGUCCUUGUCUGGAACACCGGCGAACUUACAGUUGUUGAGCUUGGCAAAGCAGAUCCACUUGCUGCCAUUCCAACCCAAUACGCAAGCUCGUAUCUUCUUUCAUUACGUUUCGGAGCCAAGAUUUUACGCGGCAAUGCCAAGAUUCUCGCAUACCUUGUUGAUUCUAAGACCAUCAGAAUCAUCGAUGUCGAGACACAGAACACUGUUGGCACUGUACAGAUCCAAUCUAAAAUUGACUGGCUCGAACUCAAUGUUUCCGGUACAAUGUUGCUCUUCAGAGAUUCAAAGCGCUCAUUGUACCUCUACAACAUCGUUUCAAGGCAGUUAAAUGGCCUUAUCAACCUUUGCAGCUACGCACAAUGGGUUCCAGAAGCAAACGUCAUCGUCGCACAAAGCAAGAAAUCACUCUACGUCUACUACUCCCCAUCAUCUCCUGAUGAAGUCCGUGUUUCUGAUAUCGAAGGCGAUGUUGUCGACAUCCAACGCUCGGGAACCAAAACAACUGUUACCAUUCAGAACGCUGGUUCAUGCCAGAACUAUCCUCUCGAUGGUUCUUUCAUUGCUUUCUCAGCUGCGAUGGAAUCAAAGAAACUCCGCGAAUCCGCACAGAUUCUUAUGCAGAUGGGAGACACAUGCACUGCCAGAUCACUCUGGGAAGAGCUUGCUCAAGCAGCAAUGGAGGAUCAAAAUUUUAUGGUUGCAGAAAUCAGCUAUUCCAAGCUCGGUGAUCUUUCUCGUGCCAGAUUCCUCCACAAACUCAACAAACUCAUCGAAAAGAACGGUCUUUCGAACUGCCAAGUACAAGCAAGAAUCGCGAUGUUACAAUCCAACUACAAACAAGCCGAAUACUGCCUUAUCGAGCACGACCAACUCGAUGAUGCCAUCAACAUGUACAAAUCCAUGCAUAUGUGGAACGAACUCCUCGAUCUUGCCGAACUUCGUACUCCUACACGCGCACAAGCCCUCAGAGACGAAUACUUCAACCAUCUCAUGUCUACAGGCCAAUACCAAACAGCCGCCAAGCUCAAGGCCGCCAGAGGAAACAUUUCGGAAGCCGUCGAUAUCUGUUUACAAGGAAACAAGCCACAAUUGGCCGCAGACAUUCUUUUGCAACACGAAGACAAGGCAAAUCCACAAUUAUUGUCCCACGUUGCAGAAGCUCUUGCCGGAAAACGCGAUGACAUCGCCGGCCAAAUCUACGAGAAGCUUGGCAACUCAAAGGCAGCUCUUGAAUCAUACAGGAAGGGCCAUGCUUACUUCAACGCCCUCGAACUUGCCAAAUCCGCUGAGCCAGAGUUAGUUGUCACUUUACAACACGAAUGGGCCGAUUAUUUAGUUUCUGUUGGCCAGAGCGAAGCAGCCAUUGUUCAUUACGUCGAUGCCGGUGAUUACUCACAAGCGUUGGCCGGAGCAAUUCGUGCUCAACAAUGGACACAAGCCGCUGACAUUCUCAAGUCUGUUUCUUCUUCUGUUGAUUUGAGAAACGAGUUGAGAAUUCAGUACUUGAGAGUUGCAAGACACUUCGCUUCUACCGAUGACACUAACACAGCAGAAGACUUGUUCCUUUCUGUCGAUGCACAUCAGGAUAUCAUCGAAAUGUAUUUGACGAAAGGACGUGUCAAAGAUGCACAGAGACAUGGAAAGAGAAACAUGAAGGCAGCACAAUUAGAGAAGUUGUUUAUUUCAACAGCGAAGAAACUCGAGAAGAAGAAAGACUCCCAGAAGAUUGCAGAAGAGAUCUACUUGUCAAUCAACCAGCCACAGCUCGCAAUCGACAUGUACACAGCUGCAGGAGACACAGAGUCUGUUCUUAGACUCACACAGAAGUUUGGUGGCGACAAAUCUCAGUUGGAAGACAUGGGAACUAAAGCUGAGAGAGAAGGAAAUCUCGCAGACGCUGAAUCAUUCUAUAUCAGAGCCGGAAAACCAGAGAAAGCAUUGUUCAUGUACUCACAAGAGAAGAAAUGGGAAGAUGCACUCAGAGUCGCUAAGAAAUAUGGUUCUCCUGAUCAACACGAUGACUUAAAGAUCGCCAUCAAAUGGGCAAGAGAUAUUGGUGGCGUUGCUGGCGUUCAGAAGCUUGUUUCCCUCGGAAAAGUUCAAGAAGCAUUGACAUAUUGCGCUGACAAUGGAAUUAUCGACAUGGCACAAUUGAUUUUCGAUAACUGCAACACAAUUCCUAAAACAGUUGUUGACCAAGCACACGAGAAAUUGGCUGUUGCAAUGGAAUCUGUCCAGAAUUUCUCCGCUGCAGAACAACAUUACAUCAUGUGUGGCAAACAGGAAGAAGCUGUUCAGAUGUAUCUCCAUUACAAGAUGAACAACGAUGCACAAAGAGUUGCACAGAAGUAUGGAUUGACAUCGAUGACAGCAUCGCAAUCCAUCAACAACAAAUCCCUUUCUCAAUCAACAGCAGGAGCAACAGGUGUCAAGAAAGGCCUUGCUUUGGAAUCCCAGAAGAAUUUCGAUGCUGCAAUCGACCACUAUUUGUCUUUGAGUGUUCAAGAUUGCGGUGGAGAAUCUCGUUACGACCAAGUCAUGGAGAGAGCAGUCAAAUUGGCAGCAAACUUCUCACAGAACAGAUUACAAGAAGUCGUCAUGAAUGUUGCAAAGAACUUGCUCUAUCUCCAGAGAUCUGCUUCGUUAGGAAAGAUCCUCGAAGGCAUCGACGCUUACCAAGAUGCUGUUGAGAUCUACAAACAAGCAGGAAUGUGGGAAGAUGCUAAGAGAAUAUCAGGAUAUCUCGAUGCAGAAGAUCAAAGACAAUUCAAGCAGGAUUACCAGAAUUGGCUCGCUUCUAAUAACAACGAUGCUAAAAUGCUCGAAAUGGGUGAUGUCGACAACGCUUUGGAGUUGAUUGCUUCACGUGGAGAAUGGGAUAGAUGUCUUCAAGAAGCACAGCAACAAGGACCAGAAUAUCUCGAAAAGUACACAAUGAAAUACGCUCAAACAUUAGUCGACAAACAAGAUUUCGAUAAGGCAAUUGCUGUUUUGGCCAAAUAUUCUCCUUCAGCAAAUUCAAAGUCAAUUCCUGCUUAUAUUACUCUUUGCCAGGCAACUGUUUAUGGUGUUCCAACAUAUGAGAACUUACCACAAACAUUCUUCCAGUUAAGAACAAUGAUGUUCAAGAUUGCAAAGGCUGCUUCACCACAAUCACAGAGCUACCAGAAGUUAAUCAACAUGACAAGAGCUGUUCAUUUACUUUGCCAAGCACAAACAUUGAACCAGCUUGGAUUAGAUGAUUUAGAAGCUAAAGCAUAUGUUGCUGCUUUGAGAUAUUGCGACAUUGUUCCUGCAGAUCAUUUGUUCUACAAGGCAGGAAGAUUAAUGGAGAAGCAGAAUAAUUUGGAGGCAGCUUUGAUAUUCUACAAUAGAUUCAUGGAUAUCUCUGAAGCUGUUGCAUCAGGAAAGAUCAAAGGAGCAAAUAUCGAUCAGUCUGGUUUCACAAGUACAGAUAUUCCAAGAGAUUUGUGCUUGAGAAUGAAGUUGGUCGUUGAUCAGGAUACAGUUGAAAAGAUCGAGAGUUGGAUUUUGGAUAAGAACGUUUCUUCUAACGCAGAAGGAAAAGUUCCAACAACAUCAUGUCCAAAGUGUGGACGCGAAAUCUAUUCUGCAGCUUUGAGAUGCCCUGCUUGCAGAACAGAAUUCGAGUUUUGCCAUGUAACUGGUUAUCCUGUAAUCAACCCAACACAAUGCACUUCUUGCGGAUGCGUAUCUAACAGAGCUGAUUGGGAUAGAUACAUCCAGAAGACAGGAAGAUGCCCAUGCUGCAAUGCACCUCAAACAGCUGGUAAUUAA